AUGGUCGUUUUGACACGCCAGAAAUGGUUCCUAAAACCAUUCGCUGUGGAAAUAGGAGGAACAACACUGACGUCAACGAGGGCUCUGCGCUAUCAAGGGGUGAUGAUAGACGAGAAGCUGUCUUUCCGCGAACACCUCGACGGUGCAUGCAAGAAAGCCAGCAAGACGGUAUCUAGCCUAGCGCGAAUUAUGACCAACACCAUGGGACCAAGAACCAAAAAGAAAAGAGUCCUUUUGGAAGCAGUCCAUUCAGUACCGCUUUAUGGAGCGGAGAUAUGGGCAAACAUAUUUAAGCAAAAGACCUACUGGCGAAAGAUGGCGGCAGUACAUCGGCGAGGUGCCCUCAGGGUUGCAUGUGCCUACCGCACGGUUUCCGAAGCGGUUUCCGACGCUAAAAGCAGUGGAGAAAACAUGAAGGAUGCAAAAACAAGGAUAAAGUGUGAUUUGACUUCUGGUAAAUGUUGA